ACCUUAAGCUUACCAUCACAUCUUGCAUCACCACAAUGUCAUUUUGUGUUAUCCAACUCUUAGCACACCAUUUUCUGUUAGUUCAUCCAUCGACAUGGCCAAAAUCGAUUGUGUUAUACUCUAUUAGCGUCAGCACCAAGAUGUGACCCUCUAAAUUUCGUUCUCACCCUUUUUACUUGGUUUAAAAUCAUAGUUUUGCUCACCCGUAGUUCAACCUCGAAUUUCACCUAGGGACUUUUACUUUAAACUUGCAUGAAGUAAAAUAUUCUUGGUUAGUAAAUGUUUUUUCCUUAUCUACUGCUGUUACUGUGAUUUGAUAGACUUUAUGUAAUAGAUUCUUAUAUAACUUAUAAUUAAAAGCGUUAUCUGAGUGGCAAUUAAAAGGAAGAUUCCAGGUUGAUGAAUGAUGACAUUCCCUUCCUGACCGACAGGGAAAACAAAGGAUAACUAUGACUAAAAUAUCUAAUGUCUAACGUUAAAAUACUCUAAAGUACUUAAGUAAAAGCAGCCAAACCGACCACACCGCAAAACAAGCCAAACCUCGAUCUUACAACCUUCAACUUACUCAUGAAAAAAACAUUGCAAUUCUUCCCCUCCUUAGCUAAAGACCUAAACCUUUGUCACCUAGUUACUUCACAAUCUACAAACAGAUAUAAACACACACACACAAGGUCCUUUAGAAGUCAGAACCCCCCAAAACAAUCAAUAGCUAGUGAGAACCGUGGAUGAAGGUAAAUGAUUUGCAAGCAAAAUUUAGAGACUCCACCAACAAAAGCUAUGCUAAACACCUACCAUGUCUCCAAGCUCUCAUCAAACCAAUGUGGUUCUAGCCUUGUGCAAGCAAUAGAUGCACCUUUACCGCUAGUAUGGUCCCUUAUAAGGCGCUUUGAGCAUCCACAAGGAUACAAGCUUUUUGUGAAGAAGUGCACCUUGCUUGCUGGUGAUGGUGGCAUUGGAAGCGUGCGUGAGGUCAUGGUCACAUCAGGGUUACCUGCUGGUGUUAGUGUGGAGAGGUUAGACAAGUUGGAUGAUGAGAAACAUGUGUUGAAGUUUAGCAUCAUUGGUGGUGAUCACAGGCUUGUGAAUUAUAGUUCCACGAUUACUUUGCAUGAAGAGGAAGGGAAAUAUGGGGGGAAGACGGUGGCGAUAGAGUCGUAUGUGGUGGACAUUCCGGCAGGGAGUAGUGACGAGGAUACAUGCUCUUUUGCCAAUACUAUCAUAGCUUGCAAUCUUAGGUCUUUGGCUAAGAUCACAGAAGAGAUGUUUUGGGUACGUUUUGUCUCUCCAGGCCUAGCCGAACUCAAUCAACCAUCACUGUCGUAGCCCAACGCGAUUCCGAGGAUCUUUGUUAAUUGUCCUAUCCACCAAAAGGAAUUUGUUAGCUGUCAUAAGUAAAAACAGUAUGGCAGAGGCAGACAUCGGCUCAAACAUUAUCAACCUUUUCUAUAUAUCUUUUAUGGUUUGCUAAACGCUAAAAAUUCUGAGGAAAAAAGAAGUUAAUGUAGAGCUCAUAUCAAAUCUCUUCUCUUCCAUAAUAGC